GAUGGAUACUGAGGAUUCCGAGCGCGCUGACAGCCGGCUGUGGGAAAGUUAGCGGCGCAGAGAUGGAGGGGGCAGCGGAUCAUUCCGCAUCAACUGCUGGCUUGGGAUUUUCCCCCUUUCCCACUGUAUCACGGUUUUAACGGAUGGAAUGGAGCGUUUGAUCAGAAUAUUGGACAUCAGCACAUCCAGCCUCAAACGAGAAUAAAAUUGACCAUGGCCGAGUGUUCCGAAAUGGCUGGGAAUAUAGAUUGGAAAGAGCGGUGCAUGAAUCUUGAGUCACAGAUGCUGAAGUUUCGCGUGCAGGCCAGUAAAAUCCGAGAGCUGCUUGCAGAGAAGAUGCAACAGCUGGAGCGGCAAGUACUGGAUGCCAACCGGCGUGCUGACAAGGCGAACCAACAGGUCCGCAUUAUGGAAGAAAAGCUAAAUGCAGCCAACAUCCAGACAAGUGAAUCCGAGAAUAAGUUGUAUAAAAGUUGCCAGGAGUUGGAGGCCCUUGUACUGGAAAAAGAUGAUAUCAUUCAGCGUUUAGAACUCCAGCUGGAUGAACAGAAGCAUCUACAAAUACAGGAGGCUAAAGUUAUUGAAGAAAAAGCAGCUAAAAUCAAAGACUGGGUGACAAUGAAGUUACAGGAGCUUGAAACUGAAAAUCAAAAUGUUAAAUUUGCCAACCAGCAACAAAUGGAACACAUCCAGAUCCUUCAGACAAAGCUACAAGCCCUUACAGGGAGUCGCGAACAGAAGUCACCAUCUGGUCGAAGUGAAACCUCAAGCAAAGCACAGCGGUUAAGCAGCCUGACUUUUGGAUACUUUAAAGGAAAUCCCCAAAGUCUUCAGCAAAAUACUCUGGAAACUGGAGUACUGGACAGACAAGUUACAGGCAAGGAAAUGAACAAGAGGUCCCACACAAAGCCUGUUCAAGAUACUGAAAUAGAUCAAAGGUGUUUCUCACGAAGCAACUGUGUAUCGGAACUACAAGGUAGCAAAGGACUGACCAAUCACCAGCUUUUAUCAAAAGAAGAAGCCACAGUAUUUAUGCCUUUGAGUGAUGACAGUUCCGAUGAAGGAGUGAGAAAAAAUCAGACAAGGUCGAAAUGCUGGUCGAACCCCUCCACUCAGACAUCAGAAGACGCAAUUAGACUUAGUCAGAUUGGGAGUGACACUUAUUUAACAGCAUCGGAUGACAGCAGCGCUGCAUUUGAUGACGAGAGUGAAACUGAGCGAAAACCACCGUCACAGGAUGCAGAGUUCCUUCAGGCGGUGGAUCAUUUUCCAAAAACACUAAGUAAAAUAAUAGAUCAAGAUUACUCUUCUGAUGAGUUAAACAAGAAAUUUCAAUCCCAAAGGCUCGAUUCUUCAUCCAAUGAAAAGCAAAUUCCAAGCCCAAUUCUAACAUCACCUCCAACAGUGACCAGGAUCCACCCCACAGCAUCUUUAACGGACACAAGUUCACCCUCAGACUUAACACCUCCAAAGUUGAGGGUUCCCAAUGUAUUCGGUGUAAAUGUGGCCAAAGCAAAGAAGCAUUGCAGCCAGCCUCAGUUAAGCACUGAUCGGCUGUUUGGUGGAAACCGUAAUGCUAUAAGUAUGAUGAGGCCAGUGGAUCAUGAAGAGACAGAUAUUGAUGUCAUUGACAUUGAAAGUGAUAUUCUGGGGAAAAUGGAAACAGGCUACGAAGAGGGAAUGUUUUGCUAUGAAUCAAUUGAAACCUACAUCACUGAGGAGCAAUUCAACACAGGAGACACCAAAGGCAAACAUCCCAGUAACAAGCCACCAACUCCUCCUUUGCACAGAUUCCCAUCCUGGGAGAGCAGAAUUUAUGCAGUAGCCAAAUCAGGUAUGAGAAUGUCAGAGGCCAUUAGUACAGAUCCAAGUAACAAAUGCACUGGCUUCAUGCCUUCACAAUCAACAUCGGAAUCUUACACCAGUUUGGUUUAUAAUAGCAUGGCCACUCCAGUUUACACUGUUUUGAAAGGGAAAGCGACUCAGAUCAGUACCGGACCUUUCUCAGACGAGUCCUCUGAAAUGGAUGAAAGUGACAGCUCAAGAGGAAGCUCCAGGACUUCGAUGGCAGGAUCAGACUCCCGCAAAGCCAGCAGCCCCAGCAGUCCACGAGCCAUGAAGCGAGGUGUUUCAAUGUCAUCUAUGACUUCAGAAAGUGAUUACGCCAUCCCACCAGAUGCAUAUUGUACUGACACAGAAUGUUCCGAGCCGGAGCAGAAGCUUCCAAAAACAUGUUCUUCCCAUUCCAUUGACAGUGGAAAAAAUGAAUCAUUAGAAAAGUCUGGAUAUUUGCUAAAAAUGGGAGGAAAAGCAAAAACAUGGAAGCGGCGAUGGUUUGUCCUUAAAGGCGGUGAAUUGUUAUACUACAAAUCACCAAGUGAUGUCAUCCGUAAACCACAGGGUCGAAUUGAGCUCAAUGUCUCAAAUCAUAUUGUCAGAUGUGAUGGAAAGCAGACAAUUCAGCUUAUUACAGAGAAAAAGACCUACUACUUGACUGCAGAUUCUCCUAAUAUUCUCGAGGAAUGGAUUCGGGUUUUACAGAAUGUUUUGCGCAUUCAAGCUGCCAGCCCCCUCUACACACAGCCAGACAUCAAGCCAUCGAUUGAAGGUUUACUAACUAAGGUGAAGCACGGUUACUCCAAGAGAGUCUGGUGCGCAAUUGUUGGGAAGGUCCUUUAUUAUUUCCGCAAUCAGGAAAAUAAGUUUCCUUUAGGUCAGAUUAAUUUGAUGGAAGCAACAGUUGAAGAAGUGGACAGAUCAUGUGAUUCAGAUGAAGACUAUGAAACCAGUAGUCAGAGCCUGCUCUCUACGCACUAUACAAUUGCCAUUCAUCCCAAAAACCAGGGACCUACCUACCUCCUCAUAGGCUCUAAACAUGAAAAGGACACCUGGUUUUACCAACUAAUUGUAGCUUCAGGUUGCACUGAUAUAAAUGUGGGAACUGAAUUUGAACAACUGGUCGGCAACCUGCUGAAUGCAGACAAUGAUUUAUCCUCUCAGAUCUGGAUGCACCCUACUCUGUGCUACUGUAAAGAUGGGAUAACAUCUCCCCUUACCACACUGCCUUCUGCAGCACUGCAAACUGAAGCACUCAAACUGUUUAAGACUUCCCAGUUAUUCAUCAACGUUGCUAUUGAUGCCCCUGCCAUUGACUAUCAUGUAUCACUGGCUCAGAGUGCUUUACAAGUGUGUCUCACACAUAAAGAUCUUCAGAAUGAGAUCUACUGCCAAUUAAUCAAGCAAACAAGAAAGCUACAAGCCCAGAAACAGGCCGGAACACUGCAGGGAUGGCAGUUGUUGGCUCUAUGCAUUGGACUUUUUCUUCCUCAGCAUCCUUUUCUCUGGUUACUCAGAGGUCAUCUACAGCAGAAUGCAGAUCCUAGAACUGAAGUGGGAAAGUAUGCUAUUUACUGCCAGCGAUCACUGGAGAGAACUCAGAAAAAUGGAGGUCGGGAAUCAAAACCGUCUAGAAUGGAAAUCCUAUCAAUCCUCUUGAGAAAUCCCUACCACCACUCACUACCAUUCAGCAUUCCUGUUCAUUUCAUGAAUGGCACCUACCAGGUGGUUGGAUUUGAUGCAUCCACUACAGUGGAAGAAUUUCUACACACUCUGAACCAAGAAACAGGCAUGAGGAAACCUGUGCAGUCUGGAUUCUUUCUGUACACAGAUGAUCCUUCAGGAAAUGAUCAGGAACACUGUCUCCAGGGAAACAUAAAGAUUUGUGACAUAAUUUGCAAAUGGGAACAAGCCUCCAAGGAACAGCAUUCUGGCAAAUAUGAGGGUAUUAGAACUGUCCGGCUCACCUAUAAGAACAGGCUGUAUUUCUCCACACAAGUUCGCGGAGAAACAGAUAGAGAAAAGCUCUUGCUGAUGUACCAAACUAAUGAGGCAAUUGUAAAUGGGCAUUUUCCAGUCAACAAAGAACUUGCGUUAGAAAUGGCAGCACUCUUAGCGCAGGUGGAGUUUGGAGACUUUGAACGACCAUUCUCAACUCCAGCAUGUCAUAUCUCAAUGCGGUCUAAAUCAAACCAGGCACUGAAGCAAGUAAUAGAGAAAUUUUAUCCUAAAAGAUACAAACAAGGCUGUACGGAUGAUGAACUCAAACAACUACAUCAGCGACUUUCUACUAAAUGGAUGGCUCUCCGGGGUCGUGUUGCUGCUGACUGCAUACGUAUUUACUUAGCUGUAGCUAAGAAAUGGCCGUUUUUUGGAGGAAAGCUGUUUGCUACAAAGCCUAUAGUCCCACCACUAUCUGAUACUGCACCUGUAUGGUUGGCUGUGAAUGAGACUGGCAUUAGUGUACUGGAAUACAGCUCAAUGCGUUUGAUAACAACAUAUACAUACAAGAAUAUCGUAAUGUUUGGUGGCUGUAGCGAUGACUUCAUGCUUGCAGUCAGAAAGUCGGCAGAAGGUGUAUAUGCAAAAGACAAAACAACACAAAAGCUCCUAUUUGCAUUGUCAAAGCCAAAGAUCCUAGAAAUCACUUUGCUUAUGGCCAGCUACAUCAAUAGUUUCCAAUACCAGAAAGGAGCUGUUCACCACCUUUCACUUCCAUCUUCACUUUCCGUGCAGACUGCAGGACAUAAGUUAAAGGAUAUGGGAAGUCAACCUUUGCUUUCACAGACCAGGCCAACCAAAGGACCGACUUUGUUAUAACUAUGAUGGUAAUCAAUCUGUUGAUACUGUCUAUACAGUACAAUGUUAAAAUGCACCUUUAGCAGUGUAAAACAAAUAUUCUAAAGUUUCUUGCACAAAAAUUUAGCUGCCUCUGAAAUUUUAAUUAACAUUGGGUAAAACCUUUAAUUCCUUUAGAGUAAACAUAGCAUUAAAGAAUUUGAACUACAAAACAGUUGUAUAUUUUUUCUCUGUUAAACAAGGCUCUUGCUCUCCUGGGUAGAUGGCAAUCAAACAAAGUGCCAUGUUGCGUACAUGGCCACUGAACAAUAGUUACAUUCUCAAUUCUCAACUAAAAUAACGAAGGGAUCUGAUCUAUUUCAGUAUCUGUGUUAUGAUUAAAACUAUAUUAUUCAUUUCUAGUUUAUGGUGUAAAUAUUGAAUGACUUUUUUCUUGGAUGUCAAGUUAUUUAAGUCAAAUGUGACAGAUUCUCUGUAGACAAAUAACCACACUAUGCCUUUUUUACAGAUUUAUUUUUUAUCUUAGUUACCUUUUAAAUCAUAUUUUAAAUAUUGGCAUUUACAUCUCUGGCCAUAAAGUUUAUCCCUGCUUAACAACAAAUAAAAUAAAAAGUGAAAAUCAUGUAAUGUGCUUCUGCCCUCCCCCUCCCCACAACACAUAUAAAAAUAAUAAGAAACAAACAGGCAUCACUAACCUAGAGUGGCACAUUGGUGCAGCUGAUAGUUACUACCUCACAGCUCAGACUUGAUAGCAAUCUCCAGUGGUGAAGAGUGUAUGUUCUCCUUGACACCGUUUAGAUUCUGGUUUCUUCCUACAUUCCAAGAGUAUAUGAGUUGGUAGCUUAAUUGGUCGCUCUAAAUUGUCCGUGUGUGAGUGAGUGGUAGUAUCUGGGGAAAGUUAAUGCACAUGUAGGGGGCAUUAGUGUACACAGGUGCUUGAUGUUUAGCAUGGACUUGAUGGAUCAUAAGUCCUGUUUCUGUGCUCUAUGACUCUAAUUAUACUUAACUUCCAGCACAAAGGUACUAGGAAAAUUUGAAUGAAUAAGGCAACCUAAAAUGUUGUUGCCAUAGAUAUUGCAAGCCAUGAAAAAGAUUCAUCUUCUUUAUCCUUCAGGGAUGAUCCUACUAUUCGCCCAGCUUGGCAUCCAUUUAUUUCUUAAAUAUUUCUGGAUUUAUUUCCUCUGCUGCUCUGUCUAGAAGAUUUUCCAUGUUAACUUUACAUGAAGACUAUCUUCCUGACAUGAAUAUUGUUUGAUGGUUUAAUAUUACCUUUAUAGUGAAACAGUGCUGUAGAUUACAAUCAUAUGUCACUGUGGAUAUACUGCUGUAUAGAGAAACAUUGUGUCUACAACUUGAAAUGCCUAAGUUCCUCCAGUCUUCCUGUCCAACUUCCAAGGUUCUUGGUUGCCCCAGUACCUAAGAUUCCAUCGUCAAUUGGUAGCCAGUAUUUAAGGAGUGGAGUUGGUUUAAGGAAUACGUGUUGAGUGUGGCAUUAAUCAGUUGCAUCCAUUAUCCUUCAGUCUUUUUCAAUAUUCUGCUUGAUUUGAUGAUUAAUGUGCUGCAUGAUUAAACAUUACUUCUUUUAUUCCUACACCAUUUAAUCAUUUUCAACUUCACCACAUGUAAUAUUAACAACAUUCAGAAGUGUUUAUAAUUCCAAAAAGUUUUUUUUUUAAUUAUUUAUUGUCUAAGAAAUUCAGAGUCAAGGGCUAGAUUACUAACAAUUUGAUUGUGUAAUUCUAAGUGAUCAAUACAAAAAAGACAAAUGGCGAAGCAGAACAAAACAUCAAAAUAUGAAAUGUAAUAAAUAUUUGCCAAGUAUUUCACAAUAUCAUUCUAGUAAACUAGUCCUUCAUUCAUCUCUACAUUUGAUGAUCUUGUUUCCUUAUGUUUGUUUAUUUACUUUUCCUAAGCUAUGAAAUCAUCUUUGAUCCUUCCAAUUGGUCAUCAUACAGCUCCUCCCCAGCUCAGAGACACCCGACUUACAUACCACCCAUGUAUGCAGUCAUUUGGGAGACUCGUGUUAUGGAUCUGCCAGUUACUCAGGGGUUGCAGGCAGCCUGAGAACUCAGUUUGCACCCACAUUUCUGAUGUGAACUGUUUGUGUUACAAAUAAUUCACAGGAAUAGAACCUGGGAGGACAUCUGUACAAAAACAGGCAACUCCCCUGCAACAAAAUCAUCACUUUUUCUCCAUAAAUAUCCACUGUCUUGAUCAUCUUUGCCUGGUGAUAUUAAUUAUUGUUUCCAAAUGCCUAAAAAAGAAAAUAUUGGAAUAAAAACAGAAAAUGAUCAGACAGCAUUGACAAAUGAUCUCAGACCUGAAACUGUCAACUGUUUUUCUUUCGACAGAAGCUGUCUGACCUGCUGAGUGUUUUUUUUCCAUUGUGUAUCUAUAGAUUUCCAACAAAUGCAACUUUUUUUGAUUCCCCAAAGAAAUAUUAGUGCAGAUUCAGUCCUUUUAUUUUACCAGAGUUGUUUCUUUGAAUAUAAUAGAAAGUACUGACCAUAAGUAGCAUGUCAAAAUAUAUACUACAAAUUAAUUCACUGCAAUAAUUCAGAUCAUAGAACAGUAACCAAAUUGUUGGAAUUGAAGUGGAAUCCUUUUCUAAUGAAUAAAAAAAAACUCGGCAUAAUGACAACAUUAAACCACGUAUUCUGGAACUUGUUUUUGGAGGCAUCCUGCCAGUUGUCUGGCAUUUUCUUUAAUACAGUGCAUUGUAAGAUAGAUUAACAACUGCAACCAAUGUGCUCUGUGUUUUCUGAUAACAUUGCUCAAAGAGUUCCCUUUCUUGCACACAAAAGUGCAGCUGGCCCAAUUCAAGAGGAAGAAGGAGCAAAUGUAAUUCUUCCAAAUUUUCAUUCCUGCACCUGUAGAAUUGUUCUCAUCAUCCUACAUUUAAUUGCAUGAAGGACCAUCAGGAUUUCUCUGGUAUAAAAUGUGAUGCCAGAUAAGUGAUUGUACAGCACUGGUUUUCAGAAAUUCAUUCAAAACCAUGCAGUACUUCUAAGUAAAUAUUUGAAGAAUUCAAACAAUUGAGUCCUACUUAGCACUUACCUGUAUAUUAAACCAACUUUGAAUUCCAAACCCAAGAGAUUCUGCAGAUGCUGGAAGUCCAGAGGAACAGAGUUUAAUACAAAAUGUCUCACUUUGCAUAUAAUAAUAACUAGUCCAUAAAGUAACCAAGUUUUGGAUAGUUACUGUUGUAAAUAUCUUGUUAUUAAUAGAAUGGAAGGUUUAAUUUCAGUUAUUUGUUUUUCUUUUUGUCAUUCUCCUUUUUUCUAUAUUAGCAUUUUCAGUGCUUUUAAUAUUAGUAGAGCUAAUAGGACUUGAUGUUUCAAUCCCUAUGAUAAGUCAGCACUCUCGAUGUUGGCGGUACGCUUGGAGUGGUGACAAGGAGGGUAGCUACCUCAUCGGGGUUAUCAGGUGGGCACCCUCCUUCUUUGACUUUUCGUUGAUAAGCCCACGAAGUCUCCAGAGGGCUCAACAGUGCUACCUGGCAUCCCAGACACACCCCCCUCAGUUCCGUACCCUCCUGUCUUCAUCUUGCAGCCCAGUUGUUGUCUUUCCUUUUCAUCCAAAUCCAGUUCCUGUUUUCUUCUGCUGCAUUUGACAAGGCCUUGAUUGCUUGUUGGACUGAAUAACCCCUCACCCCCAUCUUCUUCAAUAGACUCAUCGUAGAUGUAGCCACGAAUCCCCUGCAUCCCACUUCAGUACAGAGUACUUGGUCUUUUUCCUCUCAUAAGCUUCUUCAACUCCAUCUUCCCAUGGUACUGUCAAUUCCACAACAUAUGCCAGCUUGGCUGUUGUGGACCACAGGACCAUGUCUGGCCAGAGUAUCGUAGCUGCAAAAUCGGGGGGAAACACGAGCUUUUUUCCCCCAAGUCCACGUCCAUUUUCCAAUCCCGAGCAACCUGCAGAACGCUUACUACUUUUAAUGUUGUAUGGUGCUCUGGAGGUUGGCCUGCUGAUACAAAUCCUGUGAUGUGAACAUUUCUUCCCGAUGUUUGUGGGAGAACAUUUGUGGUGAUUCACCUCUGUUCCAAGUUUGAUGCCAGCUGUCUGAGAACUUGGUUAUGCUGCAAAGUAUACUGGAGAAAUUUGUUAUGCCGCCAAGUAUACCGCCCCUGGCUAAGGCUCGUGGUGCACCCUAUUAAAAUGUGCCUUAGUGAUCCAGGUGCUUGACAAAGAGAGCAAGUGGGUUCUUCUCCCCACCAAUGGCUCAGGCUCUGAGGUGUGGGUAGGAGGUCAUAUGUGGCUCUGAUGACAAAGCUUAGCUGAGAUCCCUCGAUCUCCCAGAUGUCACGCCAGCUGAGUUUCCUCUUUUCCAGGCUCUCCCAAUUAGUCCAUUGGCCCUGCUUGGCCAUUGAGACGGCCCUGGCAUGUCGCUCUGCCUCCUCCUGUCUUCUCACCUCCUCCACCACAAGCCCUCUCUUCUGCACUGAUGUUACCUUUUGCCAUUUAGGAGCCUUUUUGGACGAGCCCAAGCCCAGCUCUCCCAAGAUGGACUUGGCCAACCACAUCCCUGAAGUGAAGAGCAGACUUAGCACUCUGAACGGCUUCAGAUGGGGUCCACUUCCUCCCUGUUGCCGCACAGGAGGGCUGCUGUUCGAAUAAUAGUAUCUUCAGAUUCAGUGAGGGUAAUGACCAACCUUGCUUUGGUGCAUUUGAAUUCUUCCACAAGACUUGCAAUUGGUAAUUCUAAUUUGCCGUUCCCGUACAGUCCAACAGGACUUAAGCAUCGUGGAAGUCCAAGCCACUGUUUCACAUGUGUGCUGAUCACUCUUUUCCACCUUGUUGAUGGGGAUUUCGUACAAUGUUAAAGGCCACUUGAGUCUUGGGAGUAUGCCAAACUGGAAGCACCACAGCUUGAGUUUUCCUGGCAGCCAGGUCUUGCUGCUGCGAGCUAUGUACAUGAUGGUAUCCUUUUUGAGUUUUUUAAACUGCUCGGUGUCCUUGAGCUUAGCAUCAUACCAUCGACCCAAGCUCUUCACUGGCAUUUCUGACACAGUUGGGACAGUGUUCCGUCAAUAUGAAAUCUUUGAUCCGUGCCUUGUCCUUUGACAAUGGAGAUGCUUUUGCACUUCCUGGGCUUGAUCUUCAUCCUUGCCCAUAUGAUGUUUUCAUCAAGCUUUUCCAGAAGUCUUUUAGUGAAGGGGACAGUUGUCAUCAGUAUUGUUAUAUUGUCCAUAUAGGCUAAUUAACUCAGUGCUCUUAAUUUCCAAUUAAGCAAAUAAAAUGCCCUUGGAAUCUGAAUACUGUUUGUGUAUAAAAUUGCAACUCAUUGUACCAUCCCUUCUCGAUAUUCAUCCAUUCUAGUUCCUCAGUCUAGCAUAAUUCUGCCUUACUGAAAUAUUCUCUGAGACUUUAAAGUCACUUUUUUGAACAUAAAAUAAAUGCCAAUUCUUCAUCUGAUCAUACCUCCUAAUUUCCCUUAUCUGUUCUAAAACUAGAGCCCUGCCCAAUCAAUGCCAACAGAUGAAAGGUACUUAGUCCAUAUUUCGUUUGGUACUGGGCUUCACUUGGUUUCUAGCCAAAAUAAAAACAGGUUUUGUUUAUUCUUUUUGUCCUGAAACAUGAUUAGAUUAAUAAAUUUCAAUAAAGUACUUAAGGAUUCUUAUUCCUGUUUUAGUAGCUCUUUUUAUCAUUGUCUAGCCCAUCCAUUGCAUACUGUUGUAAAGGGGAAUAUUUUCUAACCACCAAUCUGAGCUAGAAAAGCAGAACACUAGAUGGAGUAAAUCUGAAAUAAAGUUAGAAAAUGUUAGGCCUUGGUUAGGUGACAUCUGCAGGAUGAGAAACAGAAUUAAAGGUUCAAGCUAAUGAUCUUCCUUCAGAACUGAUGAAAGCACAUCAAUCUUAAACAGUAAGUGUUACUUUCUCCAGAGAGGCUAAGAAUCUCAUUGAGGAGUUAAUUUAGUUCUCUUUAUUAUUGCAUUCUAAGGUUAGGUUCAGUCUGUACCUCCAUUAUCAGCUGAGGAUUAUCUUGUUUACUCAGCAUGGUUGAAACCUGAAUGUUGUUACCUGAAAGAACAGUUGGCACCCUUACAUGUAUACAGAAUUACUUAUCUAACAUUUAAAUCUGAAUAUACCAACAACAGUAAUUGCUGCAAACGCACUUAGACUAAUUGUGUUAUCAAUUUCAAAGACAAGCAUAUUUUUAAUCAAAUCUCAUUUAACAAUGCUUUGGAUAUAACCUUCAUUUCAAGUCAAGCAGGACUAAUGUGAAAUUCAUUUUUCAGGUAUCAUGACUGGACUUCCAGUUCUAAAUAUGCACUACUUUCAUAAAGGUGUAUAUCAAUAUUAAAUGAUGUAAAUACAUUAUUAAAUAAUAUACUAUCUUUAUUUGUUUCAUAUCUUGGUUCCAAACAAACUUGUUUUCUUCAUUAAAAACUGUUCUUAAUGUCUCUGUUAUUUAAGAAGCCUCAUCUGUUAAGUUCCAGAAUUCUGGUUACUACAAUAAUUUGAAACUACAGAAGAUUCUAACAACCUGUUGUGGUUGAUAAUAAAAUUCUCUUAAGUUUAAUGCUGGAAUUUGUCCAUUCCAUUAAUAAGUGUUAUACUGUAUGAAUGCACUGAGUGCCAAUAACCACACAAUUAACUCUGUUAUUUUACUUUUACUAAUGUUACAAAGAUAAAAAUUCUGACCUUAUUUCAUUUUUAUUGCAAAUACAUGACUCUUUGGGUUUGUGGUUUAACAGUAAUGUUUCAAUGUUCUUUUUUUCUUUCAAUCAGAUGGUACAUUAAGAGGGACUUCCUCUUUUUUUCUAAAUCUUUGAUAUAGGAGGAUUUUAGAAUAUCAAAAAUAAUGCAUAGUAUAUUGCGUUCAGCUUUUAUAUCAUAAUGUUCCGUGAAAUAUUACAUGUCAGAAUUCAUAUAACGUUAAUUUCAUUGUACCAGAAUGCACCUGUUUAUUUAUAUUAUUACUACAAGUAUUUAUGUCAUAGUUUAGUUAUGUCACCAUAAAAACUUGUUCAUAUUUCGCUUGACUUUUUCAAUUUUAUGGUAAAGUAGCAAAAUAAUUGUUUUAAAACUAUUGCUAUGAACAAAUUUAAUUCCAUUAUUAAAUAGCGUGAGAUGAUCUGGAAUACAUCUCCACACAGUUGUAUUUUCUUAGUACAAAGGCCUUUAAAACAUUUUUAGUUUAUAUUCUAUUUAAUGCAGAAACUUAAUGUACAAUACCAAUGUUCAAUUAUUUAUAUUACAAUAUAUUUGAAUGGAACUGAUUAUUUCACAGAGUUAUUUAACAUUUAAUAAACAAUGCACUGUUAACUUCAAACUGAUUUGCAUUUGUGUUUAAACAUUAUUACUUUAAAAUAUGCAUAUAGUCACGAUUGAAAAAAGAAUCACAGGCUCAAAACAAAAUAUACAUAGUAGAGCAUACAUUCAGAGGCCUAAUAAACUGGUCUUCUGAUACUUUAGUGCAUCCACUUCAAGAUUCGCCGUGUUGUGCUUUCAGAGAUCUUCUUUUGCACAUCAUUUGUAACACCUGGUUGAGUUUCUGUCACCUUCCUGUCAGCUUAAACCAGUCUAGCUAUUCUCCUCUGAUCUUGCCCACAGAACUACUGCUUACUGGAUGUUCUUUGUUCUUCAUACCAUUCUCUGUAAACUUUGAAGACUGUUGUGCAUGGAAAUCCCAGGAGAUCAGCCGUUUCUGAGAUACUCAAACUACCCCAUAUGGUACCAACAAUCAUUCCAUGAUCAGGGUCACUUUGAUAACAUUUCUUACCCAUUCUGACAUUUGGUCUGAACAACAACUAAACCACUUGACCAUUUCUGCAUGCUUUCAUGCAUUAUGUUGCUGCCAUGUGAUUGGCUGGUUAGAGAUAUAUGCAUGAACAAGCACUAAUAAAGUGGUAUUUAGUCAUUUGUUCAUAUUUGGCCCUGUAAAGAAUUGUGCAAUUGCAAUCUGUAAAUUUGUUAAACUGUACACCUUCAAAGGACAACUCAUUUGUCUAUUUCAGUAGCCACUGAUACUAAAUCCAGCAUUAUUCCCUGUGCCAGAGGUUUCAAACUUAAUGUCUUUUCAAUAAUUCUUCUUUUAGGCUUGCAACAAGCAUUUAGCAAAUUUUGGCCCCUAACAUUUAAAAUACAGCUGAAGGAAUAUUCCUUAAAUCUUACUAUUAAUGUUGCGCAUACGGUAAAAUUCCAAUACUUGAGAAUUUAGUGGUGCCGGAAUAACAUAUUUUUUGGACUAUUGGAUAUGUUAUUUCUAUUAAUUCUGUUACAAGAAUCACUCCUUGUAAUAAUGAUCAGAGAGGCGCAGAAAAUCUGUAUUUACUGGCAAGUAACUUUUAUUGUUUCAACUAAAAAGCAUGUGGGCUCACAAACUAUCUACCUGCAUGCACCCUACUAGAAUCCCUGACCCUCCAUGAACAGUCAAUGAAGAGAAAAGGUAUCACCUGGGAAAGGAACCUACACUGACCAGGGCAUCCUUGUGGUCCCAAUCUCCAUAUGUCCAUGUGGUCCUCCUUAUUCGUGAUGGUUGGUCUCUGACUGCUGGAGAGUAAUCACCUCUGCAUAUUUGGACCUCCUGAGUCUUAUACUGUUCCUCAGCAAUCGAACUGUUCGAGCUCCAUCCCAUUGGCUCGAGGUCACCUGACCUACCUGGGUUACCUUCUUACUGGUCAUCGUACAGGACCAACAUUGUUUCAUGGUUCUGCCCAUUCCAGCCUAGUGUAUUUGAGUCUUUCAACUCUGACUGGUUCAAACCAGAUAAAUGAGGCAACCCAGACAGUGUCCAAAGCGGUUACGGAUUCCUUCUUUGGUAGUUCUGGCAUUUUACACAAGUAGCUACUCCUCUGAGAACGGUCUCAGAUUUAGCAGGUCAUUAUCUGAAGUUCUUUGUCCACAUUCAAUUGCUCAGAUUAGAUUGUCCCAGAGUCAAGAAUCAGUUCAGAGUCCACGACCUUUACAUAACAAAUAGCUACUUGUUUGAGAAUGGUCUCGGGUUUAGCAGAUCAAUACCUGAAACUUCCCAUGUCCACAUUCCGUUGCUCUGAUUAGAUUAUCCAAGAGCAAGAAUCAGUUCAGAAUCCACAAAAUGGGGAGAAACAAUUAAUUUUAUGGGACUGACUUUUGAUUAGAAGUAGGCUUUACUCUGUUGCUUCUUCUUUCCAAUUUGGUGGACCUCCACAUAAUUGACCUCUUUCACUGUC